AUGAUCGAAACUACUACAAGCGACAGCGACAGCAUUCAUGCCGUGUCUACGAAGAGAAUUUUACUCAAUGCAUUCGACAUGUGUACUGUUGGUCAUUUGAGUCCAGGACAAUGGAAAAAUUGUAAAGAUCAUUCCGCUUCCAAACGCAAGCUAGACUACUGGAUCAACCUGGCAAAGCUGCUCGAGCGUGGAGGAAUCAAUGCUCUAUUUCUGGCGGACACGUAUGGUGAAUAUGACACAUUUGAAGGAAGUCUAGACAACUGUAUCCGAAGACCGAUUUCUGCGAUGGCAGCCGUCUCCAAGAAUCUUGCCUUUGCCAUUACGGCAUCUACAUCGUUCGAGCCACCGUUUCUACUAGCAAAGCGUUUCAGUACUUUAGACUGGAUGACAGGUGGAAGUUUCGCAAUCGGAAUCGACACACCGAUUGAGCACGACGAGCGGUAUGCCCAGGCGGACGAGUACUUGCGCGCUGACGAUGCCAUCACUGAAAAUGGCGAGAAUGACGAAUAUAUCGAUCCAAGCAAGAUUUGGACUAUCAAACACGAUGGCAAGUACUUCCAUCUAGAAUCCCGCCAUAUCGUCAACCCUUCAACUCAACGCACAGCAUUUCUCUUCCAAGCUGGGACAUCAUCCGCAGGGUCCGAAUUCGCAGCUACCCACGCCGAAGCCAUUUUCGUUUCUUCCCACUCUCCCUUGGUCCUGAGGCGAAAGAUUGACAAGAUACGCCAGCUCGCAGCUCAAAAAGGCCGUGAACCGCAAAGCAUCAAGUUCUUUGCUACAUUCGCACCCAUUUUAGGCAGUACAGAUGAGGAGGCACAAGAGAAGUACAGAGAGCUGAAGAAGUACGCCAUUGAAGUCGGAGGCCUUGUGCUGGUUUCUGGAUGGACUGGAAUCAAUCUUUCUAAAUACCCACCAGACCAUGUGCUUACUCCGGAUGAUGCUACAGAGGACCAUCGUGUACGCAGUUUGCUCGAUCAGUUCACUGUUACGAGUCCUGAUGUUCCGGUAUGGACACCGCGUAUCAUCGCAGAGAAGGCUUCAAUAGGUAGACUUGGACCUGUCGUAGUAGAUUCUCCGGCGACAGUAGCAGACGAGCUCGAACUAUGGGUGAGGGAGGCAGGCGUCGAUGGGUUCAAUAUCGCGUAUAUUACCACACCUGGAAGUUUUGAGGAUGUUGUAAAUUUAUUAGUGCCUGAGUUGAGAAAUAGGGGUAUAUAUGCAGAGGUCGAUGAGCAGUCCGUCAAUGAUGGGUGGACGGCAAGGGAGAAGGUCUAUGAACGUGGGCAGGCAAAAUUGAGGAACGAUCAUGUGGGAUCAAAGUACAAGUAUAAGGUGUACGACGAGAAGAAGGUUUGCCCUCCAGCUUCCGCGCACCCAAACAAAUAA